GUCUCCGUCCUAACAAUUGGAGUCGUUGUCCCAAAGAUGGGAAGGCAGGCGAGAAGCUUAAGCUUAGGUCCGAGAUAAACCCAUAUAAACACAUUAGGUUUAUUUUGGACAGAUUUUGGCGAGAGUGAACCUUCUCGCUUCGCCUCUUCCUCUCUGUUGUGAAUAUGUAUUUUGCUACUAUGUAAUCCUUAACCCCAACAAAAUUCUGCCUGGACUCAAUACAACUGUGAUUUAUUUUAACGUUGCAUCGCCAUCUUUAUGGGAAAUGUGGUUCUCUGCUUGAAAAAUAUAGCUACUACAACACCCAUGCGUAGGCAAUCCGGAAGAGUGUAACCGGUGACGUGUCCAAGAAAAUACUCGAUUCGUUUUUAUAUAAAUAUAAUUAGAGCAGAAAACCUCAGUGUUUACGCAAUGUCCGUUUUAGGAAUACUCGUAGGUUAUUUUCCCCCAAUAACUGCAAACAUGAAUACCAUUUUUGCAGUACUUCUUGUUUUUUUUGGGUGCUGCAGCAAUGUUGUGUUUCUGGAAACGCUUGUAAGAGAGUUCCCAGGAUGUGGCAACAUUGUGACCUUCGCUCAAUUUGCCUUCAUUGCAUUGGAGGGGUUCAUCUUCGAGACGAACUUUGGAAGAAAGAAACCAGCCAUCCCUAUGAGCAACUAUGUAGUCAUGGUGACCAUGUUCUUCACAGUCAGUGUGAUCAACAACUAUGCCCUCAACUUCAACAUCGCUAUGCCUCUGCACAUGAUCUUCAGAUCUGGAUCGUUAAUAGCUAAUAUGAUCAUGGGUAUAAUAAUUCUGAAGAAAAGGUAUUCAAUGAGUAAAUAUCUCUCCGUAGCGAUGGUGUCUCUGGGCAUCUUCAUAUGCACCAUCAUGUCCGCCAAACAAGUGAAUGUAGGUACUCAGGGCUCAGAGGAUCAAGGUGUAUAUGCCUUCCUGCACUGGCUGAUAGGUAUCGCCAUGUUGACCUUUGCACUGCUCAUGUCUGCGAGAAUGGGCAUUUUCCAGGAGACCCUAUACAAGCAGUAUGGCAAACACUCCAAGGAGGCUCUCUUCUAUAAUCACUGCUUGCCUCUGCCUGGGUUCCUGCUUCUGUCCUCAGACAUCUACAACCACUGUGUCCUCUUCAGUCAAAGCACUCCUGUAGAGGUUCCUGUGAUUGGCCAGGCUGUGCCGGUGUUGUGGUUGUACCUACUGCUGAACGUCAUCACACAAUAUGUGUGUAUCCGCGGUGUCUUCAUCCUGACCACAGAGUGUGCCUCUCUCACCGUAACCCUGGUGGUGACUCUGAGGAAGUUCAUCAGCCUCAUCAUCUCCAUCCUCUUCUUCAAGAACCCCUUCACCGCCUGGCACUGGGUGGGCACUGGAGUCGUCUUCCUGGGCACCCUGAUCUACACGGAGGUCUGGACUAGCAUCUGCACGGCGUUAAGAGGAGGUGAAAAGCUGAAGAAGAAAAAGACGUAGUAAUAUGCAGUAAAGAAGGCAGAGUGAUACGCAGCACUUUCGUCAAUUCCUUGCAUCCUCUCUCUUUGCCUCCUUCUCAAAACGAAUUGGAGAAGAGGAUCCACGGGGGGGGGGGGGGGGCUGAGACCCUCUCCUCCAAUAUGAUUGAGAAGGAGUAGAAGUGAGAGGAUAGAGCCAACGUCACAAGAGACCUUUGACUGCACUGUUGUGUGUGUAUACGGGACUACAUUUGUUGUGGGUGUGAUUGCACACUCUGGAGCCUGUUUCCCCCCUUGCUCUCUACUGCAGCUGCAGUAGGAGCAGGUUGGUUUUUAAUAGAAUCAUCAUAAAAAAUGUAUGUUUUUUCCUAUUGUUUUCAUUGCUUGAACAAUUAUCUUAGAAAUAAUGUCUUCCCACUAGGUUUCUCACUUAACUUAAGGACAUAACCUUGACAAAACUACCUUGUUGACUGAAUAAGUCAAGGCAAGAUUUUUGCAAAACUGAUUGUAUGGAGAUACCCUACUGCUUUGUUAGUUUUGUUUGUUUGGUGAGCUGUAUUUAUUUAGGUGUUUUGCUAAAUAUGAGUUUUGCUGAGCUGUGAGUGAAAAGUAUGUGUCUUGUAAUUGAACACCAGAAAAAUUAUAAAUUAUUAUACCGGUAUAUGGACAAAACAUAUUACUGUACUCUGAUUAGCAUCAUUUUGAAAUACUAAAUUACAAAAAGUUAUUUCACCACCUCAUCAAUGUUAUAAAAACUGAUGUUAGUGAAACACAAAAGUUACAAGUAUUAUUUUCAUGUAUUCCUCAGGAGGAUAUUUGUCCUUUCAAAAUAGUACUUGGCAGGUCCAGUAACUUUGUCUUGAAAAACCCCCAAAACCAUGCAAAUGUAUUUUCCUUCACUCCAGAAUCACUGCACCAUUCAUUUUCAACCUACUGAAAUAAAAAGUUCUACCCUAUA